AUGUAAUAAUAAACAAUCUAAGACAUUGAAACAUAAGCCAAUUAGUUAUUGGAGAGUGUGUAUCAGAGGAAAUCUGACAUGAUCACCACUUACAGUAAACUAAAAAGAUAAGAAGAAGCAUUAGAUUUAGGAUUUGCAUCUGUAGGGUUUCCAGAUGAAAGCAUGGAUUGUGAGGCAGUCUAUGAAAUUCUCCAACCUGGAUUCAUCUUUGAAGUCAUCGUAAGUAAAAAAAACAUAGCCAAAGGAAGGCUAGAUGUUAUUUUACAAAAAUUUCUCGCCUUCAGUGACAAAUGUAUCACCUCCCAACAUCAAGUGAGAUAAGCUGAUUUCUAAUAAUUUAAGAGAUAAAAGCAUUUGCUCUCACAGUUAACUUAGAUCAAUGUCAUGAGAAUGAAAGGAGUAAUUUAUGAAUAAGAUGUGAUUGAGGAUUUCUCCAUUUUCACUUAUUACAUUAAUUUUGAGAAAAUUUAAGUGGGUGAUCAUCUAAACGCGGUUUUAAUUGACAAAACCAAAAUGACAAUGUCUUUGAAAAAUAAAAGUAUUUUGGGUGGUAAAUAAUGGAGUUUGAAGAGUCUACAAAACCCAUCAGAAUUCGAUAGUUGGCUUUAUUUCAGAUUGGGCUAUGCCAAAUAAAUCGGAGUGAAUUUUCAAUAUUAGAUGAUGAGUGAAGAAGAAAAACAGAAAACUCAAGAGUAAAUCAAUGCCAAUCUCAAAUUUAAAGAAGAAACUGGAAUCUUGAAAAUGGACUAUCAGAUUGAGCAGGAUGGAUUCUUUCCAAACAAAUAGAAUUACCCAUUCAUGAUGCAAUCCCUAGGCUUGUCUCAGAAUACUUCAUUCACUAAUAGAAAUAACAUAAAAUCAUUCAUGAAGAUUAAUUUAGAUCAUAGAAGGCGUUUAUAUUAAAUUAUUUAUUAUUUCUAGACUUUCAAGUCUAUCUGUCUAGCCAGAUGUCCAAUAGAUCUACGUUCGCAAGCAGAAGAGUCAAAGCAAUAAUUGAAAAAUAAUAACAUAAUAAUAUUCACAAUCAUAAAUUCCUCUUAUCAAUUAAACCUAUUGAAUUCUAAUUAAAUUAAUUAUUUUAUAAUUCAUUAUGCUUCCUAAGUUUUCAAAUUCUUUUGCUUUAGAUAAGAAUCUAUAAACACUUAUCGAAUCAUUUAAUCAAUCUCAAAAGAACCCUGGGCCAAUUUCUAGAAAUAGAAUUUCAGCUAGUUAUCAAUGCCUCCCUGGUACAAUUAGACCUCCAACUAGUACCUAAACUUUAAGUAUAUUUCAUUCAUAAUACCAAAAGGCAUUUUCUAAGAAAAAGUUACAUUUAUCUUAUAAUCCAAUUCAGCCAUCAACACUACAUUUAUAAAUGAUCAAUAAGACAUAAUUUUAAAAUUCUAGUUAGGUAACAGGAUGUUAUCUAUAAUAACUCUUGAUAGGUCUUAAAAAGAAUAAAAAGAGGAUGACUAAAAUAUGAAUGUAUACUUGCAAUAACCAUAUCCUUAUCAAUAAUAAUAAAAAUUAAAAAUUGAUUUCAAAUUAGAAGAUACUGAUGAAAUUGAAGUUAAUGGUGUUGAUAAUAUCGUAACAAUACUUACGAAAGGUCAAAUAAAACAGCUAAAAUCUGAGUAAACUAAAAAAUAAAUAUAAAUUCUCCAUUUAGAUAUUGCAAAUAAUAAGCCUGAAGGCUAAACUGUUUAAAUUUAAUUCAAAUUCUUGAAGGAAUGGUAUUUAAAAUUAGGAAACAAUCUCCUUACUGCCAAAAAAGCUCUUUAAGAAUUCUUCAAAUCUCUGUAAAUACCCAAAACUAAAUUUACAGCUUUUGAUAAUUAACCCCCAGGUCCAGAUUAACCAAAUAUUCACUUGCAACCAGACUUAAAUAAAAAACCAUCAAUAAAACCUGAGGGAAAAUAGGAAACAGAAAAAAUCUAGGAAGAAGUUGAAUAAUCAAAUCCAAUACCUGAAAAAGAUCUUUAAAACUUAUUUCCUUUAGUAAGUGAAGAGUUUGUCUAAAGGUAGAGAGAAUCACUAGAAAAAAAAAACUGCACUGCUGAAGAAAAGAUCAAGCGUUUAUUUGAGGAAGUUCGCAUUAAGCAAUACAAGUAACAAUCUUAUAGUGCUGAAAAGAACUUUUUCAAAUGUCCCUAUCAUAAGUGUUAAAAAGGAUAUAAACGUCCUAAUUAAUUGAAAAAUCAUAUUAAAUAAAACCAUUAGAAAUUAUCAGAAAUAGGAUUCACUAUUGAUGAUAAUGGAGAAUACAAGUACAAUGAGAGAAUUCUAGAUUAUUGUUUACUUUUGUGGAAAGUAUAUCCAAAUUUUGUUAAAUCAGUUAUUAAUGAAAUGAGGCAAAGAAAGGAACAGCCAAGUGCAUGA